GCAUUGUCAGCAGUUUCGCAUGCGCAGUCGAGGCGACCGUUGAGUAAUUAGCAUAACAAUCGAAGUGUGUGCGUUGGACCAGAACAAUGAAUAAACCCAUCAAAACACUCAAUGCGUGAGGUCUUGAGAGGUUACGUCGCCGGCUGUUUUCCCGCGUUAUUUCGUAGGUUUUUAAAAUACGACGGAAUUAUUGAACUAAAAAGAGGUUGGCUUAGAAAAUGGAGGAAAGCAUAGAGGAGGAGAUCGAAAGAAGGACUCCUGAUAGACAAAGCGUACAGGCACGUACAUCUUGUAAUUGCAAGAGCACUUGCUCUCGCAAGCGUGUUGAGGACGGAGCGAGAGCUCGAGGUUGCCCAUGUAAAGGCGCAAAUAAACACUGCAACUCCUCUUGUAAGUGCGAUACACGAUCAAAGCCGUGCCAAAAUAAGGAAUCGACAACAAGAGAAGUUCAUUCCACUUAUGGUCCUGGUCCUAGGACGACACGAAAAUCAGAGGAAGAAGAAAUGAAGGAGGCAAAUCGGCAAGUAAAGGAAUUUAUAGACACACUGGAUUUUGAAACAAUCAAAAGCCUAUGUGCAAAAAGCCUGCAAAGAGGAGUUGGAAGCAUGGACUUCAUUGACUCCCUUCUGGUCAUGGAGGAUGAUGACAAUGACAGAGAGGAGGAAAAUCUUGGCCUUGCAAUGGAACCAAUGGAUGUCGCAGGGCCAAGCACUCACCCACAGGGCCCCACUGCUGUUGGCAUUACACCAGCACCAAGACCACCAGGGGAACCACUACCAGACUGGUGCAAAUGUGGUAAUUGCCGUGAAAUGCCACAGCAAAUUAAAAAUGUUUGCUGUGGUAAAAGAAAUUGUGAAUCCACGAAAGCAAAGUUUGGCAAGCUCUGCCUGGAUGUAGAGGUAUUAUCGCUUGGUAUCAGGUCAUCAGCAGAUAUUAGGAAUGAUUGGCACGACAGCAGUGCAAGGGCGUUUCGAAAGGCAGGCUACAGGAACUACAUCCUUGACAAGCAUGGGUACCUUGGCAAGAGAAAAAGAAGAGUGGCCCCCUCAUGCAUUGUAUGGCAAAUAAGACAUCAUUAUCCUACUAGAACUGGGAUUUACAUGGGGUUCAGAGAGAACUAGAGAGGUUUAGCAUAAACGUCCCUUUUUGAUAAACCAGAUAAACAGAUGUCAGUGCAAACGACGAAUGACAGUUCUAUGACUGAAAGGUGCUUUUCGGUAUUGAUUAUUUAUAAAAUUAAAGGCCAUAAAAAAAUCUGGCAAUACCAGAGCCAAACAUUAGCUUAAUACGAAUUAUCCAUAUACUGUAUUUGGUAAAAACUAGACCAUGGUACAUUUGAUUUAAACUUCCAUUCUCCAAUUGCCAUUUGCACUGACAAUGUUUUUUUAUUAGGUGUAUGCAAUUAUGCUGAUUGAAAUUCGCCCAUAUAAUAGAAGUACAUAAAUUGGACUAUUUGAGAGCUGUUAUUUAAACAAGAUAUAUUUUUGAUGCUUCAACAUCAGGGUUAUCUAAAGUAAUUGUUGGGUUAAGCUGAUUUGGAGUUUUACCAUGCAACACAGUGGAAUAGAGCUAAUUUAAAUAAAUUGCCACAAUGGGUAAAUACUGAGUGGUAAUAAAUAAAACAUUUUAUUGAAAAUUUCUCUGAAUUGCUUGGCAAUUGUUUUUAACAGCUCUGGUCAGAACAAAACAAACUUUGAAGGUUUCAGUUCAAAAGUGUUUAUUUAUAUAUCACAAAUUAUGUCUCUUGUAAAAAUGGAAUAUAUGUAUAUAUAUAUAUAUAUAUAUAUAAUAUCAAAUCAAAUAACCUUAAGUGGUGUAUAAGCUGGUUUCCAUCACUCAUUUUCGGUGCUAGGAGGUCUGAACCUCGACUGGCGUGCUUGAAACAGUUCAAGAGAGCUAACAGGCUUGGCCAUUGCAAGGGUUGGUUGGAUUCAGGCAGGGUCAUCCUCAGCUAAACUAACAUGCCGGGUAAUUCCAUCAAUGUCAGUGAAUCGUUUUCGGAGAAUCAUGGCCAUCAGCAUUGGGAUGUAGUCAUAAGUCUUGCCUACUUUGAUUAUUCUCAAAUUCCACUCUUUAGUGCCUCUAUUGUAUUUUCUUGAUACCAUCUGCUCUCCCUUAUCAUUGACUGCUUUCUCUCUGCCUUGGUGGAAGUUCCAAUCAAUUGCAGAAAGCUGCUUUCGGGCCUUAUAUGCUUCAUACCUAUAACAGAUAAAACAAAUUUUUAAUGUAACUGUGACUAACUUCCCUUUCCCUUUUAAAAUCAUAGGUAUGAAUUUGAAUCUUCUAGAUGUAAUAUCUAUUCAGAAUACAAAGUUUAUUUACUCUAAUGAUUUUGGUAUAUAAUUAUUAUCAUUAUUAUUAUUAUUAUUAUUAUUAUUAUUAUUAUUAUUAUUAUUAUUAUUAUUAUUAUUAUUAUUAUUAUUAUUAUUGUUAUUAUUAUUAUUAUUAUUAUUUUCUGAUUGAUCCACAUGGUAUUUAGAUAACUGCUUCACAGUAUGUUGUUUCUGCAGACUUCAUGGCCACUAAUCCCUGGCAAAUGAUGCUGAAUUCCAUUUAGUGUCAUUGAAAGUCAUCCAUUUAGUGUCAUUGAAAGUCAUGUGUCAUGACAAAUGAUGAAGCAAAAACCACUGCAGUUCCAGAUAGUAGGAAAUUAAAGAUAUAUAUUGACAUUUGUGA